AUGUUUGAAAAGACGGGUUUAUUUUUGUUACUGGUGCUAAUAAACACAGUAAAAAGGUAUGUUAAGGUGGAAUUAAAGAUAACAUUGGGAUCUCAGCUUGUCAUUUCCGGACUUUAUUCGCAAUUCAAAUCAUAAAGAUGGCAAAACUUUUGCUGUUCUGGUUGCUGGAUCGACCGGAAUUGAGAAUAUCCGACAUCAGCUGGACGUUUGUCGGGUUUACGGGCAGCUGAGGAAAUACGGAGUAAAAGAAGAGAAUAUUCAGGUGUUAAUGAAUGGAGUGGAAGAUGUACGGUAAGUCUAUGAUUGUACUGCAAAUCCUGACAUACGGUAUCAGAAUUCAUAGCUUAUUAUUUUUCUUAUUGUAAUUUUUAACUCAAUGAAACAUUUCUUGUUAUGAUAAAUGUUUAGAAACUGUGUAUACAAUCUCAGUUUAUACAUCAACUACUCCUACCAAGCUCUAUUUCAGACGAUUUGGCAGUGGAAGUAACGGUAUUCCAUGUGAUAUCCCCAAGUCAAAAAAUGCAUCGCUCUCCAAUCUAAUUGAAGCCAUGAACUUCACCAAGUCAAUACAUGGAUCCAAAAAUCGUUUCAUCUUCUACUUUUCUGGUUAUGCUGGGCCCAGUUUAAUGUUGCUUCCGCAAGAAAUUUUAACCAAAGACGUUAUGAACAAGACUAUUUCAACGCUAUAUCGGCAACGAGUCUUCAAGAAGCUGGUCUUUUAUGUAGAAGCACCGUAUGCCACCUCCAUUUUCGAUGGAAUUCUCCCUAAUACAGGGAAUUUUAUGUUGAUUACUGCUUCACAAGCAACUUCAACAUCGUACGCAACGGAUUGCCGAGUUUACGAUGGGCUGCCGACUUGUUUGGGAGACAAAUUUACUGUCAACUGGAUUAAAGGAAGUGCAAACAAAAACCAGACAACACGAAUGGUAAGUGCAACCAAAUUUAUGGGAACGUAAAUCAACAACGGAGUCUUUUGUUUUUCAAAUAUUUAGUUUUAUUAUCAAAAUUGCAAAUACUCUGUAUUCAGCCGACAAGAAUAACUUUUUUCAUCGCUUUCAAAGGUCGCAGAUGAAUAACAAUUUUAAAUUUUGAAGAACAACGAAAAACUCUUCAAAGCAACGUCAUUCAAAGAGCUGAAUCAGAAAUAACUAUUUUCAGGAAUACUUUGAAGAAAUGUCAACAUUUGAUGUGAAUACAUGGAUCAAAAAGAAGCAGAUUCAAAUUGCUCAGAAGCAAAACAAAACUGCUCUGAUUUGUGAGCUGAACUGGCAACUGGAUUACAUCUCAUUGAUUACAUCCUUUGCCAUUGAAGAUAUCACUGCAAUUCACAAUGCGUUCGUGGUUGAUCAAAAAAGAGAUAACCGUAAGAUGGCUGGAUACUUGGGGAUGAAGAAACGGAUAAAGUGCGAAUCAGAAAUCAUCAUUGCGUUCAGCAAAAGCUGUUAUGACGUGACAAAAGUAAGUAAAAUUUUGCUAAAAUAUAGUUAGAUACUGAUGCUUGGUUUAAAACGCCUUUCUUCUAAUUGCAAGUUUUGAGCUCAACUUCAUAAUCGCAUAAAUGUUUCGUUUUCUUUUCAGAUGCCAUUCCUAGUCCAGCACAUCCAGCCUUUGCUAAACCUUUGCACCGUUGGAGUUUCCACUUCCAGUAUAAUCAAUGUCAUGUCAGAAACUUGCAAAGAAGCUCCCGUUCAAGAGCUGAUUCCUCUUUGUAAAUAG